CCCAUUUCUCCAUCACAAUCUGCACAACCUCCAGCACUGACUUCCACUCUCUUUCCUGGUUAAUCCCAACAAAAAUCUAGCCAUCAUGACGACCGAUCUGACUCAUGCUAUGACCCUCCUCAUAAAAGUCUUCUACAAGUACUCUGGAAAGGAUGGCGACAAGUUCACCCUGAGCAAAGGAGAGGUGAAGGACCUGUUGCAGAGUGAGCUGCCAGAGUUGAAGAGUUGCGGUAACAAGGCAGAUAUCGACAAAUGGUUCAACGACCUGGACGCGAACAAAGACAACACUGUGGACUUCCAGGAGUUUGUCACCUUGGCCGCCUGCCUCACUUUGAUGACCAACGAGUUCUUCCAGCAACAGAAGUAAAGCCACAGCGCCACCUGACGGCCUGCAUAGGGAGCCACCUGUGAAAGAAAUAAGGAUGUCUCAAAUGCAAUUGUUCUUAGUGAGGAAAUGUUUACGAUUGUCAAAAGGCACUAAAAGAAAAAUGUACCGUGGAGUUACUACUCAUUGUAUUGUUAGACAAAACAAAAUAAAUUUUGUUUAAAUCAU